AUGGAUUCUUCAAAUCCUAAACCGAUAGAUCAACCUUUAAGUCUAGGCGAAGAAUUUGAAACCAAAUAUGGAUGUCAACCAUGGAUUUGUCCCGAAGAUCAAAGAUGGUAUUAUGAUCAAACUAAAUGUCCAAAUGAUAAGAUUUCAAUCAUGACUUCAGUGAUUUUAAAUCCUUUUUUGGAAUUAAUCUCUUUACGUUCUCCGGCAUCUGAUCCCACUUUUGGCCGAUACACACUGCCUUUCUCACCUUACGAAAAACUUAUAAGAGAUAAUCCGAGUUAUACUUGUUGGGACGCUAGAGUGUUUCUAGACCGAUCUGGGAAAGCUGUAGAGGAGAAAACGAAUCGAUGGGUUUGGUACCAGGUUUGGUGGGACGAAGCAGCAGCCGCAAAAACAGGAGUUAAAACGGAUUUAUGUUUUUGUCAUGGUAUUUCUGAUUACGGUGGAGGAUUCGCCAUACAUGCUAAACCGUUCUUAGAUGCAGGUUAUCGUAUGAUCAUGCCAGAUUCGCCAUCACAUGGUAGAAGUACAGGACUUCAUUGUUACCUGAAUGAUUUGAACGAUCUAGGCCAUGCAGUUCAAGUGAUCUUAACAGAUGUCAUCAAACGUGACACGGCUGUGGGUCGUGCUCAACGAAAUGUGAUUGUUAGUGGACAAUCCAUGGGUGGCUUUAGUGCUGUUUUAUAUGCUUUGCUCUAUCAAACCCCAAACGUGCCCGGACGUAAAGUUCCCACAGAAGGUCUAACCCCCAAAGUCCUUGGUAUCCUACCACUUUGUCCAAUGCUCGCUAUUUCUCCUGAAACAAGACCUAAUUUCAUUAUUGAAAGUUUUGCAAGAUGUUUGAAUUUCUUUGCUGGUAGAUUACCAUUAGUAUCAGGAUAUAAAGGAAAAGCUUCUGAAGAUAGAUGGUGUGAAGAUCGGUAUAAUACUGAUCCUCAAGUUUGUCAUUGUAGAGUUAGAGCUUCUACUGGACUUGCGAUUUUAAAAGCUCUCUUGUUUACUGAUAAGUAUAUGGGAGAGAUCACUUUACCAUUUAGAGUGAUGCAUGGUGAUUCAGAUCGGGUGACGAGUGUGAAUGGAAGUAAGAAAUUCUUUGAGAUGGCUAAAAGUGAAGAUAAAGAUUUGAUUAUUUGUCCAAGAACUGAACAUAUUAUGUUGAGGAUCGGUAGAGAUGAAGUUGAUGAUCAGAAACGUCAAUUGAUUAUUUGUCAGAUGUUAGAAUGGAUCGAAAGGAUUUCUAAAAGUUAUGCUUAA